UCCAGAUAACCUAGUACCUCCUGGACCCCGCGCCGAACAACGCGUAAACAUUCCGAAUUCGAAUUGUGAUUUUAAAAAAGGAUUUUUUGUGAGUGAGUGCGUUUUGUUGUUGCGGAUAACGUGCAGUAAGAAAGGUGUCAGACAGGAGGCCUCCCUCGCCAUGCUAAGACCCCCAAAGAGCAGGCACCCGGCGUCGCAAGUAACCUAGAUGUCGGACGCGCAGUGCAUAGCUGUAGAGAUGCCGGCGCCGCUAGCGGUCUACGCCGCUUUUUAUACUCUGUUGUGGAUAUGUGUGAACGCGGAAGAGGCCUCCCGAGCGAACGCGACAGCCGAGCCGCCCGACACGCGGUCAGCGCUGGGCCGGGUGCCGCCCUACCAGCCCCCCGCCGCGGGGGUCCUCGGCCCCAUACCUGUACCCGGCUUCAGACCCCCCAAUACCCGGGUUGACGCCUGGCAUCAUAACAGCCGACUCCAACCUUACGGAGCUCGCGUCGUGGCUGAGACCUUGGAAGAGGAGGGUGAUCCGGGAUGCCACAUAUCGUGCUCUAAAGAAUUCUUCUCCUGUCAGGACGCAUGCAAAUGCAUACCGAUCGAGAAACGCUGCGACGGCGCCGUCGACUGCAUGAACGCGGAAGACGAGGCCGGCUGCACACCGUCCUGCGACGAACACGACAACCGCACCAUCUGCCACGGCACCAGCGUCUGCAUCGCGCUCGAGUGGCUCUGCGACGGCGACAACGACUGCGGCGACUUCUCCGACGAAACCCACUGCGGCGGCUCUGUGGCUUGCUCGCCUGAGCAGUUCCAGUGCGCUAACGGCCUGUGCGUGCACAAGGAGUGGGUCUGCGACGGUGACAACGACUGCAGGGACAACUCCGACGAACACGACUGUCCUAAGGGCAAAUGCCGCGACAACCAAUUUGCCUGCGCUUCUGGCGAAUGCCUGGCGCUUCACUGGAAAUGCGACAAGGAGGAAGACUGUCGAGACAGCUCCGACGAGGCUGAAUGUCCUGUGGACCUAAUACGAUGCGGCGAGAACGAGAUACAGUGUAACAACAAGAAGUGCGUGCGAAAGGACUUCCAAUGCGACGGGGACAACGACUGCGGCGACUGGACGGACGAGGACUCGUGUCCCAUCGUGCCGGGCAGCUGCAACUCCGCCGAGUUCAAGUGCAGCGAUGGCAAAUGCAUCCCUGACCGCUGGCGAUGCGACGUGGAGCGCGACUGCUCCGACGGCGACGACGAACUCAACUGCGAGGCUCACGGCAUGAGGAACUGCACCAGCGACGAGUACACCUGCCUCGACAAGCGAUGCAUAUCGAAAACCUGGCUAUGCGACGGCGUGAAAGACUGUACGAAUGGAGAAGACGAAACCAACUGCGUAGUGAAAUGCGAGGAAGACCAGUACAUGUGUAGGUCACAACUGACGAACGCGUUCAGGAACUGCGUUAAUAGGAAACACGUCUGCGACGGCAUGAACGACUGUCCUCAGGGCGACGAUGAGGAGAAUUGCCCCACUAAACGCAAGUGCACCCACGAGGAUAAGUGCAAAGAGCAGUGUAUUACUACGCAUGAUGGACUACCUGCUUGCUCUUGUCCGCUUGGCUUUUUACUGGACGAUGAUGGUAUCAGCUGCAAAGACAUAGACGAGUGUAUGUACGAGCAAGACCCGGUCUGCUCCCAAACCUGUUCUAACACAAACGGUAGCUUCCGCUGUGGUUGUAUGACGGGGUAUGUUCUCCGACCUGACGGCAGAUCCUGCAAGGCUACCGGAGAAUCCCCAACGCUAUUGUUCUCUAACCGCAUUGGGAUACGACAGGUGUGGUUGACCGGAGACAACUACGUACCCAUCCUAAAAGGGCUUCACAACGCGAUGGCCUUGGAUUACCAUUACGAGAAGAAUUUAGUGUUUUGGACUGAGAACAACAUGAAGGUGAUCAGAGUGGCACACUUGGAGAACAACAAUAUGACAGAUGUCAUCAAAUGGGGCCUAGAAUCACCCAGCGGUCUAGCCGUGGACUGGAUCCACAACCUUCUGUUCUGGACUGACUCUGGCACUCGUCGUGUGGAGGUCGCAUCCUUGGACGGAUUUCGAAGGGCAGUCAUAGCAGCAUCUGAUGUUGACAGACCUCGCGCUAUAGCUGUGCACCCCGGCGACGCUUUGGUGUUUUGGACGGAUUGGGGUCCAAAUCCGAAAAUAGAGCGUGCAGACAUGGACGGCAGCAGGCGGAAGAGUGUCAUCGUCAAUCAGAUAUUCUGGCCCAACGGCCUGACCAUCGACUACAUAGAGUCCAAGAUAUACUGGGCAGAUGCCAAGCAUCAUGUCAUCGAGAAGGCCACCUUCGAUGGGAGCCAUCGGGAACGGGUGACCAACAAGGGUCUCCCGCACCCGUUCGCGCUCACGCUGUUCGAGGACGCCGUCUACUGGACCGACUGGCACACGAAGAGCAUCUCAAGCGUCAACAAAUACAACGGCAUGGGCAUGCAGACUGUCCACGCUAGCGCCCAUGUGCCUAUGGACAUACAGAGCUACCACCCGCUUCGACAGCUUCGCACGUAUCAAAACCGUUGCGGCCGCAACAACGGCGGCUGCGCUCACCUCUGCCUUCCCAACGCGAACGGCUAUAGCUGCCGAUGCCCUGUUGGCUUCAACCUGUUACCAGACGGACACUCAUGCGAAGAAACCCCAGAGAAACUUCUGCUGUAUGCAAGGAGAAAAGACAUUCGAUUGAAGCAACUGCACGCAAGAAAUCAAAUGGAUUCUCUCGAUAUGGUGAUUCCCGUUGAGAAUAUAAAAUCAGCGGUCGCUUUGGACUGGGACCACAACUCCAACUCCAUAUUCUGGACUGACGUGGAGAAGGAUACCAUCAACAGAGCUUUCCUCAAUGGUUCCGAAGAACGAGUCAUCAUCAGCUCCAACUUAAUAUCCCCAGCUGGUCUGGCUUACGACUGGCUGACGAAUAAACUCUACUGGACUGAUGCUGGCACCAACAGGAUUGAGGUGGCCAACGUCGACGGCUCCAUGAGGACGCUACUGGCAUGGGACAACAUCGACAAACCGAGGGACAUCGUCGUCGAUCCUAAAGGUGGUCUAAUGUAUUGGUCCGACUGGGGAGCGUCUCCGUGCAUCGAGCGCGCUGACAUGGACGGAGGCAACAGGAAGAAGCUUCUCUUCGGAGACAUGGUCUGGCCUAAUGGACUUGCCCUGGACCUGGCCAACAACCGCAUCUAUUGGACCGAUGGAGGAAACAGAACUAUUGAAUACGCAAACUUAGAUGGAACUGGACGAACCGUUCUGAUAGAUCAACACUUACCGCAUCCAUUUGGCCUGGAUCUAUACGGGGAUGAAGUUUUCUGGACGGACUGGGAUGGCCUCUCCAUCCAGGCAGCUAAUAAGCACACAGGCAAGAACCGGAGAACUCUUGGCGCGGGGGUGGAAGGUCUGAUGGACGUCAGGGUCUUCCACAGAGAGAGAAAAGGCGGAAGUAAUCGAUGUAGUAACAACAACGGUGGGUGUUCUCAUCUUUGUCUUCUGAAGCCUAAUGGCAGAACCUGCGCGUGUCCUAUCGGAAUAAAACUAGGAAAGGAUGGAAAAACAUGUGCUAACGGUCCGGUAAACUUCCUAAUAUUCGCUCAUCGCAUCGACAUCCGAAUAGUGUCAUUGGACGUCCCAUACCUUGUUGACGUGGUUUUACCUCUGCCGUCGUUGAAAAAUGCUCUCGGAGUAGACGUCGACCAAAGAACAGGUCUCAUCUACUGGACGGAUACCGGCGAAAGGAAGAUUCAACGAGCGACUAAGGACGGCAAGAACAUUGAGACAAUAAUAGGAAAAGGUCUUCACACGGCCGAUGGACUUGUCAUAGAUUCAGCUGGAAGAAAGAUCUACUGGACGGAUGGAGGACGUAACAGCAUAGAGGUUGCCGAGUUGGAUGGUUCCAACAGAAAAGUUUUAGUUUGGACUGGACUAGAUUCUCCUCGAGCCAUUGCGCUGCAUUACGAGCAUGGGUAUAUGUUUUGGUCGGACUGGGGCACGUCAGCCAAGAUUGAAAGAGCUGAUAUGGAUGGACAGAACAGGCGAAUUAUAGUCGACACCAAUAUAAAAUGGCCGAACGGACUAGCAAUAGACCGGAUCAAAGAUCGUCUGUAUUGGAAUGAUGCUAAGGUUCUGACGAUAGAGAGUUCGGAUUUCAACGGUCACGACCGUCAGACGAUCCUCAGCCAAGUUCCGUACCCGUACGGAAUUGUGAUCGUUGGCCAGCAUAUUUACUGGACUGAUUGGAAGACGAAGGCGCUGCACAGAGCGGACAAGACGAAUGGCAAGGAUCAGCUGGUGAUACGAGAAAAUCUCGAAGGACUGAUGGACAUACGGGCAAUUCAGGGUGAUCAAUAUCUGGAAGGGGUGUGCAGUAAAAACAAUGGCGGAUGCUCCCACCUUUGUUUGCGCUCCCCUCGCGGCUACACGUGCGCGUGCCCAACUGGACUCCUAUUCGAGAACCAAACGGAACCUCACCCUAAAAUCUGUAAGAAACAUCCGGACAACUUCCUAGUUUUUGCCACUAAGGGAAGCGUAGCGAUGAUCUCCCUCGAUACUCCGGAGCAGUGGGAUAUCACGCUGCCUUUGAAAAACAUCCAAAACUCCAUUGCCGUUGAUUACCAUUGGGAGCGCAAGUUGAUAUUCUUCACGGACGUCAAUAAUAACGAAAUAAGGUCAAUUAAUAUGGAGAAUAUGACUGAAACCAAAGUGAUCAUGAACCAUAGGCUCGACACUCCAAACGGCUUGGGCGUGGACUGGAUCGCGAACAAUAUUUACUGGACUGACAACGAAUUUAAGGUGGUUGAAGUGGCACGCUUAGAUGGAUCUUGUAGAAAAACGUUGAUAUCAGGUCUCUCUGAGCCAAGAGCAUUAGCGCUGUUCCCGGCGAAAGCAUACCUUUACUGGAGCGAUUGGGGAGAAAGUCCAAACAUCGAGCGCGCUACGCUUGACGGAGGAAACCGAAAAAUAAUCGUUGACCACGAUCUGGGCUUCCCCAACGGAAUCACCAUCGACUACAAAGAUCGCCGACUUUACUGGACUGACGCACUAAAGGACAGAAUUGACACUGCAGACCUCAACGGACAACAUAGAGUCCAACUGGUACCUGAUGCUAAGAAUCCAUUUGGUAUGACGCAGUUCAAAGAUUACAUCUACUGGACGGACUGGUACAAGAAGUCAGUGAUGCGAGCCGAUAAGAGAACGGGGAAGAAUGUGACGGCUAUUCGAACGGACCUGGAGAUGGCUAUGGAGAUCAAGGCUGUGUCAGCGGAGAAGCAGCACGGAUGGAACCCGUGCAAGGAGGACAACGGGGGAUGCUCGCAUCUAUGUCUGUUCCGGGGACACGACUACGUCUGCGAAUGUCCAGACGUCCAGGAUGAUAAAGUUUGCUCAAAAUCACCGAAACUCCAAGUGGACCUCCAGAUGCCGCCUCACUAUCCGUCGUUCUACGACUACGCGGACAGCGACGUGACGCCGCCGCCGCCCGCGCCCACCUUCCCCACGCACCGCAACAUCUCCAGCGUCAUCAUCCUCGUCAGCGUGUCCACCGCCAUUGUAGUCGCCGCCACCGUCAUCGUGUUGUGCUGCCUGAAAAUGCGCAAGGGCACCGGCGGAGCGCUAAAGAAUGAGGACUACGAGCUGGAGCGCGAGGGACACAUAUCGUUCCACAACCCCAACUACACGUGCGCCGCGGGACAGGACGAGCGCAGACCGCGCUUCCAGGGGAUAUUCAAAUACGACAAGAGCCAGGGUCGGGUAACGAACGUGUACAUGCAGGAGGGCACCAGCCUGCUGCCCCCGCCGCCGCCCCCGCCGCACGGGGUCACUAUAUCCGCCCCCGCCCGCCCGAGGAACGACGACUUCGAAGCUGUGACCCUACACCCGUUCGCUUAAAUUCGAACCUACUGGUUAAUAUUUGUUACGAGACAACUGAGAGCAAAAGCGUAGACGCGACAUAGGUCGCCCGGCUAGAGUGGGAGAUGGUUAUUGUGUAUGUGGGCUAUAUUUUUAAUUAGACUAUAUCAAAGAGCAUGUUCGUGAUAUUUAAUAAUAGUCUGACAUUAAUUGCUCAACGCAUACCGGUCUUCGCAAUAGUUAAGUGAUUGACUUUCGUGUGAAUCUGAAAAGUAAUUAUUGAAUCUCAGUAUGUUUAUGAAAAAAUUACGCGCUAUCGCAUUUAAUAGUUUUAGUAUAUUUUGUUGUGAAGAGAACCCAUUCCCUAUCGAAUAUCGUAUGAGAAUAUAAUUAUUCAUUAACUGGUAAUGAUUGCAAGAAGGUAUUAUGUACUUUGAGUGAGUGCAGUUGUGUUGUUUGCAUAGAAUAACUCUAGAUACAAUUUUCGGUGCGCACAAGUUAUACUAAUAUUAUUGUUGAAAUAAUUAUCGUGUCGAAUAUACCACAUUAUAUUUAGCCUGACGUGAUGUCUCCAAACAAAUAUUAAUCGUUAUUUAGCGCUGGUAGCUAAAGUAGGUCUUCGUUUAGAUUAGAUCGACUAAUGACACUAUAAAUGACCGGCAGGUCUGAAACGGCCGAUUUCGGACUCGUUCAAUUCAUAAUAUGCAACAUCAGUAUAUUCUCUAAGAUUUAAAAUAUGAUGUUUCAUAAUAAGAAUACGGAAAGCGACCAUUUCGGACCCUGAACCUGCGCAUAGCAAACGCUACCGACACGACACCGCGAGUGUCUACGAUACGGAUAUGUCCCAAGGCACUCGACUAAAAGUCUACGAGUACUGAAAUCGCACCAUCAUAAUAUUUGCUCGCAUAGCGAACUCCAAUAACCCUACUAGAGCAGUGGGGUAAGUAUGGCCGGUAUAGCACGCGAGCGACG